AGAUCUCUAUCCCAGACCCAGUGAGAGCCACGCUACUUCCAUUGUGCAGGUUCCCACCAGCAAUGCUGAGUUCGGGAUGCAGGGGGUGAAACUCCCAAGAGCUGAGUUCGGGCUGUCGCUUGGGGAGGUCUCGACGGCUCUAUCCAUGACACUCAAGCCAGCCUUGUCCGGAUUCGGGGACCUUGUAAAUCCCAUCUGCCUGGACCAGGACACGGCCAAGGCACCGAUGCGCUGGGCUGUGCGCAAGCGUAGCCAGAGGACAAAAAAUCGAGGCCUUAGGGACCCAGCCACUCUCUACACUUAGGGCCUGCGGGUUGUGAGCCGGAGGGUGGGAGGAGCGCCAUUCCGCGAGUCUAUUGGUUGGAAUCGCCGCCUAUCUGGGCCCCAGUGCCUGGCAAUUGGCUGAUGGGGGCGGGGUUUGCGGAGCCCAAUGAAUGGGGUAGCCGGAAGCAGGAAGUGAGUUUGCGAAAGGAGCAGCAGCUGCAGGGCCCAUGGCGGAUACACAGUACAUCCUACCCAAUGACAUUGGUGUGUCUAGCCUGGACUGCCGUGAGGCCUUCCGCCUGCUGUCACCUACAGAACGCUUUUAUGCCCAUCACCUGUCACGGGCUGCCUGGUAUGGAGGCCUGGCUGUGCUGCUACAGACCUCCCCUGAGGCCCCCUACAUCUAUGCUUUGCUCAGCCGCCUCUUCCGUGCCCAGGACCCUGACCAACUGCGCCAACAUGCCCUGGCUGAGGGCCUCACAGAGGAGGAGUAUCAGGCAUUCCUGGUCUAUGCUGCUGGGGUCUACUCCAACAUGGGCAACUACAAGUCCUUUGGUGAUACCAAGUUUGUUCCCAACCUGUCCAAGGAGAAGCUGGAGCGUGUGAUCCUUGGAAGUAGGGCCAUGCAGCAGCACCCAGAAGAAGUCAGGGGCCUCUGGCAGACCUGCGGAGAGCUUAUAUUCUCUCUGGAGCCCAGGCUUCGGCACCUCGGGCUGGGGAAGGAGGGAAUCACCACCUACUUCUCCGGGGAUUGUACCAUGGAAGAUGCCAAACUGGCCCAAGACUUUCUGGACUCCCAGAACCUCAGUGCCUACAACACUCGUCUCUUCAAAGAAGUGGACCAGGAAGGGAAGCCCUGCUACGAGGUGCGGCUGGCUUCUGUACUUGGUGCAGACACUGCUCCAGUCUCUGAAGUGACUUCUAAGCUGAAGAGCUAUGAAUUUCAAGGGAACCAUUUCCGGGUGACCCGGGGAGACUAUGCUCCCAUCCUUCAGAAGGUGGUAGAGCACCUGGAGAAAGCCAAGGCUUAUGCAGCCAACAGCCACCAGGAGCAGAUGCUGGCCCAGUAUGUGGAGAGUUUCACUCAAGGUUCCAUCGAGGCCCACAAGAAGGGCUCCCGUUUCUGGAUCCAGGACAAAGGCCCCAUCGUGGAGAGUUACAUCGGAUUCAUCGAGAGCUACCGUGAUCCCUUUGGUUCCCGAGGAGAGUUUGAAGGCUUUGUGGCCAUGGUGAACAAGGCCAUGAGUGCAAAGUUUGAGCGGCUGGUAGCUAGUGCAGAACAGCUGCUAAAGGAACUGCCCUGGCCCCCAGCCUUUGAGAAGGACAAGUUCCUCACCCCGGACUUCACCUCCCUGGAUGUCCUCACCUUCGCAGGCUCUGGCAUCCCUGCUGGCAUCAACAUCCCCAACUAUGAUGACCUGAGGCAGACAGAAGGCUUUAAGAAUGUGUCACUGGGGAAUGUGUUGGCAGUUGCCUAUGCCACGCAGCGGGAGAAGCUGACAUUCCUGGAGGAGGAGGAUAAGGACCUGUAUACCCGUUGGAAGGGGCCCUCCUUUGAUGUGCAGGUGGGGCUUCAUGAGCUGCUGGGCCAUGGCAGUGGCAAGCUCUUUGCGCAGGAUGAGAAAGGAGCAUUCAACUUUGACCCGGAGACAGUGAUCAACCCCGAGACUGGAGAGCAGAUUCAGAGCUGGUACCGGAGUGGGGAGACGUGGGACAGCAAGUUCAGCACCAUUGCUUCCAGCUAUGAAGAGUGCCGGGCCGAGAGUGUGGGCCUGUAUCUCUGCCUCAACCCCCAAGUGCUGGAGAUCUUCGGUUUCGAGGGGGCUGAUGCGGAAGACGUGAUCUAUGUGAACUGGCUCAACAUGGUUAGGGCAGGGCUGCUGGCUCUUGAGUUCUACACCCCAGAGGCCUCCAACUGGCGGCAGGCUCACAUGCAGGCCCGGUUUGUGAUCCUGAGGGUCUUGCUGGAGGCUGGCGAGGGACUCGUUACCGUCACUCCCACCACAGGCUCUGAUGGGCGCCCAGAUGCUCGAGUCCACCUGGACCGCAACAAGAUCCGGUCAGUGGGCAGGCCUGCCCUGGAGCGGUUUCUUCGGAGGCUCCAGGUAAUGAAAUCCACAGGUGAUGUGGCUGGAGGGCGGGCCCUGUAUGAAGGGUAUGCAGCUGUCACUGAUGCUCCCCCCGAGUGCUUCCUCACCCUCAGGGACACAGUGCUGCUGCGAAAAGAAUCACGGAAGCUCAUUGUACAACCCAACACUCGCCUUGAAGGUAAUGGGAGGAUUGAUGGGGACCAUGCAGGGCCUUUGGAGCACAAAGGAUGCUCUUGGACCAAAACCUUGGCAUCUACCACUGCCACCACCAUACACAGGGUCACUCUGGUUGUCAACAAAAGGGAGGCCAGCAGAGCAGGGGUACAUGGGUCGCCAGGCCAGAAACUAGAAAAUCACAGCUAUCAGGUGUCCCGGCAUGAGGUCAGGUCAGACAAUGAGCUGGGACUUGGCAGACCAAGUGGAACCCAAGAGAAUAAUGGAUUCUGCAGUGUUCACAGUGGAGAUCAGCCCCACUAUCCCUGUCCUUUCUCAAGUGAUAAGUCCAUGACAAGUCGGACUAGGCUGCAUGGUGCUGUACCUUCUGUGCCCUUCCAUUGCUCCAGCCCACUGAGCUCUCCUCAUUUCUGUAACCUUUGGACAUGCUGUUCCCUCUGCUUGGCAUGAGCAUCUCCCAGAUUGUGCCUGUCUGGUCCUUCUUGUCGUUCAGGUCUCUGUUCAAUUGUACUUCCUGAGAGAUGCAUCUGCAAGCAACUCCAAACCGGCUCUACAUUUUGCUUCUCCUUGGCACAGGACAGCAGAGGUGUAAAUGUGCAAGCAUAAGGCGCUUCCCCUUAACACUCUGUUCUUCAUUUUCCACUUAGCUACUUUCUUACCUGUCUUGUUUCCGUGAGAGUAGGGGCAGCAUACCAGGAAAAACAUACCUUGCUGCAGCAUGAUGUCCCUUACAGCAGCUGCUCCAUUUAGUCAAAUCAGUAAAUGAAGAAAUCCUGCCAGCUCCAGGGAUAAUGCUAUCAUUGCUUUAAUAUGUCUGGGCCUGUGUGAGCCAAUAGGGGGUAGAGAGGUGAAAGGGACCCGAGUUGUUCACAGCCCCAUUAGAAAUGAAAUGACAUAGAAAUAAUAAUCAUACAAGAGAAGCAUUAAUGAGGUCCAAAAGUGCUCUGGAUGCUUAGAAGAGGGAAGAUCUAGGGAGGAAGUGAUGAUUAAGCUAGACCUGAAGGAAAAGUGGAAUUUUCAGUAAUGAUGACGAUGAUGGUGAUGAUAGCUAAUUUUUGAAGAUUUCUAAAUAAUAAGUACUAGCUAAAAAUUUUCCAUAAUUGCCUUCCAACUACCAAGUGAGGGGUAGUUAUCCCCAUUUUUUCAUCUGGAAACAUAUGAAAGUGCUGCAUAUAUGCCUAAGGUCAUAGAGCUAGUAGGGGACAGAGUCAGGACUUGAACUUGCACCAUCUGAACCCAAAGUCUGUGCUCUUAACUACUAUACACUGCAAUGCCAUGGAGCAUCAGGUGCUGUGAGUAGGUAGAGCAAUUGAAGUGUGGCAGUGGAGAAUGCUUCCCGUGGGUACCCAGGAGACCCUCAGAACAGGCCCCUUUAACAGGUGAAUAGUCAGGCAAAUGAUGCUGCUGGUGGCAGCUAGCAUUCGUUUAGCACUGGGUCAGUGCAUUGGUGUGUGUAAUCACCAUAGUUCCUUGAGAGAUACUGUGCUUACUCCUACUUACAGAUGAGGAAACAGUCUCAGACACUGGAAAACUUGCCCAUAUGUAGACAGAGAAGCAAUUACUGGAUAGUAAAUUCCAGGAGGCUAAGCAUUGUAUUUGUUUCAUCUAAGAAGACGCAGGAUGUAAAUCUUUAUUUUCAUGACAGACUGGGGGUGGGGGGGCUGAGUUUGUAGCAAUUAACUUAAUACUCCCCUAUAAUAUUUUCUUCCUCACAGAGUGAUUAUAAGGACUAAGAUAACUAAUCUAAAAGGUGAACAGAGUUUGGGACACAAAAGCUCAGUAAGAACCAGUUGUCCCAUGAUUACACUGUUGUGAUUUAACUUCCCUGUUUGCUCUCCAUAACCCAGGCUCAGAAGUACAGCUUCUUGAGUACGAGGCCUCAGCAGCUGGACUCAUCAGAUCCUUCUCUGAGCGAUUCCCAGAGGAUGGGCC